AUGGACAAUGCGAUUUUACGGAACAAGGUGACCGGAAGCUCCGCCCUCUCGCCCUACCAGCGCCUGCUGGUUAGUGACGUCACAGCGAUGACGUCAUUCGCAGUUGGUGUUGACAACCACCUGGUGGUGGUGACGUCUGAUGGUUACCUGCACGUCUACCGUCUGGUUGCGGGAGAGGGCUUCAAUGAAGUGGAAGUAAUUCAACUCCCUCAGCCAAACCCGCGAGGACUUACAUACCUCGAGUCUUCAAGUCUAUACACUGCCGGCCACAAAAGUUCAGACACUGGAAAUCUUGAUAAUAUUUUGAACAUUUUCAAAAAAUAUAAUCCAGGGACGAAAAGCGCUUCAAGAGAAAAAAUUGGUACUUUUGGAGACCGCUUCAUAACUAACCGUUUAGAUACUCGUAAAAGUUUGAAGCCUAAGACCGAACAUAGGAACGGACUAUUUACUGCUGAAAAUGUUGAAGGGAGAGACGCUGGAAAUUUUAUUGCCACUGCGGGAAAAAUUGGAAACUCUCCGAACACUUUCAGCAACCUCGUUGGUUCUCAAGUAGGAAACGAAAACCAGGUUCACGUCGGAAAGGAAAAUCGGGUUCAAUUUGGAAGAAGUGCACGUAGCGUUAUUAGAUCAAAUUUUAACAACUUCGGAGAAGUUCGUGUGAUUAGUAACAGAUUGAACGGAGAUCCUGCAUUUUCUGGAAUGAGUGAUCAAUUUUUUGAUGAGUCAGAUUUUGGAAGUGGCGAUUUCGGAAGUGGAAAUUUUGAAAACUUAAAGACAGAAGGUUCCUCAGUUCCCUUUAGUUCUGUUCCUGCUUCUGGUUCUGCUCCUGCUUCUGGUUCUCUUCCGGCUUUUGGCUCUCCUCCGGCUUCUGGUUCUUCUCCGGCUUCUGGUUCUCUUCUGGCUUCUGGUUUUCCUCCGGCUUCUGGUUCGGUUCCUGAUUCUGGUUCUGCUCCUGAUUCUGGUUCUCCUCCGGCUUCUGGUUCUCUUCCUGCUUCUGGUUCUCCUCCGGCUUCUGGUUUUCCUCCGGCUUCUGGUUCUCUUCCGGCUUCUGGUUCACCUCCGGCUUCUGGUUCUCCUCUGGCUUCUGGUUCUCUUCCGGCUCCUGGUUCUUUCCUUUUAGGAUCUUCUCCAAUUUUGGGUAAUAAUUCGGUAUCUGGAACAGUUUUACCUAUCACAUCUUUGCCAAAUUUUGGCACCAGAAAUCCGGUUGAACCUGGCAUUGGUUCAAGAUUCUAUUUCUCUCGAACAAAUGAGGAAAAUUAUAAUCAGUUCCCGGAACGCUCAAUCUCCAACUCAGGAGCUGGAUUUAUGGAUAACGCAUCGCUUUGGGGAAGCUAUCCAGCAUCUGAAGAAAGUGACUCCAAUAGACCUUCAAAGUUGAAACCACUUGGCCAAAUAGGUCAAGAACACGUAUCACAGAACCCAUCUUACAUACUUGUGUCGUUUGACUAUUCAAUUUUAAUGUAUCAAGUCAUGACGACUGGGAUUGAUGGAAAGAGACUCCUGAAAAAAUUAGAUCUAUAUGAGGUCGUUUGAUCAUCAGACCUGAAGAUCGGUAGUCGAGUUGUGCAAGUAGAUUAGUUGUUGAUUUCAUUAAUAUGUAUUAAAAUGUUUUUGGGUUUUCAUCUUAAAUUAUUGA